GUCGUCGGCGAUGGCGGUGGCCGGCCCCGGGCCGGUGCCGGUGCCCAUGAACCUCUUCGCGACGUGGGAGAUAGACCGUUCGGCGCCGAGCUGCGUGCCGAGGCUCUGCAGUCUGCGCCUGAAGAAACUCACCGUCCUGAAAGAGCUGGACAAAGAGCUGAGCUCCGUGCUUAUCGCUGUGAAGAUUCAGGGUUCAAAGCGAGUCCUGAGAUCAAAUGAAUACGUCCUCCCACCUGGUGGCCUGAUGGAGACCGAGCUGGAGCUGACCUUCUCACUGCAGUACCCACACUUCCUCAAGAGAGAUGGCAACAAACUACAGAUCAUGCUGCAGCGGAGGAAGAGGUACAAGAACCGCACCAUCCUGGGCUACAAGACCCUUGCAGUGGGCAUCAUUAACAUGGCCGAGGUGAUGCAGCACCCGACAGACGGCGGGCAGCUUCUGGGCCUCCACAGCAACAUGAAGGAUGUGAACAUCCGAGUGGCUGAAAUCAGCAUCUACUCUUUGUCCAGUCAGCCGAUUGACCACGAGGACGGGAGCGUCCCAUCAGGUCCUAAAAUCAAAGCUUCAGAUCGCUCCCCAGACAUCGAUAACUACUCUGAAGAAGAGGAUGACAGCUUCUCCUCAGAGCAGGAAGCCAGCGAUGAUGCUGUGCAGGGUCAGGAUCUGUUUGAUGAAGAGGAUGACUUGAGGAAAACCAAGAAGGCGAGGAGGAAAAUGAUCCGAACCACAUCAAUGACCAGACAACCAAACUUCAAGCAGAAAUUUGUGGCUUUGCUGAAGAGGUUUAAAGUGACAGAAGAGGUCCUGGACUCUGACCCUGUAGACCAGACCCAGGAGGUGGAGGAAGACCUGGGCUUGCUCUAUGACAGCCUGGAAGAGUGCAACAACAGCGACAGCGGUCCGGAGAUUGAGGACAACGAGAGUGUGCACAGCACACCCAAGCCCACCCUGAGGCGUUUCUUUGAGGGAGUCUCUCAUUCUGGUUCCCAGACUGAGAUCGGCAGUCUGCACAGCCAGAAAGGGCAGGAUCAAGAGUCGGGCAGCCCUGGCGAGGCAGACAAGAGGAAAUCGGGAGCGCUGCGACCCCAGGAAGAGCCGGGGGUGGAGGUCCCCACAGUGGAGCUGGUUGCAGAGGAGCCGUGUUCACGGCUGGCCCCCACAGAGGCUGCCACCAGGGAGGGCAGUGGGGACAGACUGGCCCAGCUGGGUCCCGGGACCAAAGCCGAGCUCCCCAGCGCUGUGUCCCCCAGCAAGGCGGAGAGCAAACAGUUGUGGCGUCCCCGAAGCACCUCCGUGAAGGACCGGCAGAGCUCAAAGGGACAGGGUGGCCGUGCCAGCAGCCUGGACAGUGAGAGCUCUCCGGACUCGUGGCACAGCACCCAGGUGCCCCGAAAGUCUGUUUACGAUCAGCUGAACCAGAUCCUGGUCUCAGACGAGCAGCUCCCCGAGAGCAUUGUGCUGGUGAACGUCGCUGAGUGGCAGGGCCAGUACGUGAGCGAGCAGCUCCAGGCGCACAAGCAGUUGGUGGUCUCCACCUGCUCCGUGGCGGACAUCCAGGCAGCCUUCAACACCACCGUCUCCCGCAUCCAGCGAUACUGUAACUGUAACUCCCACAUGCCUCCCCCGGUGAAGGUGGUGGUGGCGGGGGACCAGAGCUACCUGAGCGUUGUCCUCCGCUUCUUCGUGGAGCAGCUGGCCAGCAAGACGCCCGACUGGCUCAACUACCUUCGCUUCCUACUCGUGCCGUUGGGCUCUCACCCUCUUGCCAAGUACCUGGCCUCGGUGGACAACAAAUACAGCACCCUCUUCCUGGACACGGCGUGGCGGGAGCUGUUCAGCCGGGCUGAGCCACCCAUUGCAGACACCGUGGACAUCGCGGGCCGCGUCGCCCAGUUCAUCGCUGGAGCCAGCCUCUCUCACCAGCUCCCCAUCUCUGAGGCCAUGCUGACCUACAAGCAGAAAAGGAAGAGAAGUCUCUAUUUUGAUUUUUAUAUCAGGGGGAGCAGCGCACAGCCCUCCCGACACUGGGGGAUCAUCCGACUUGCCUCGUCCUUGCAGGUGGUGAAGGUGGGCCUGGUGGAGCAGUCCUUCAGCGCCUCUGUGGACUCCGAUGACGCUGCAGUCUGCACCCCUUCCCUGCUGAGCUCGGUGCCAGCCGCCGGCGGAGCGGCCCCCUACGGCAAGGAGACUGUGAGCACCCCACCGCCCUCCCCGUCUGUCAGCAGCGGCCUCUCGGGUGCUGGGUCUCUGAGCCCUGGCGUGGAGGUGAUGGGCCUGCAGGUGGACUACUGGACAACACAAGGGCUGGAGAGGAAGAAGGAGGGCGAGAAGAGGGAGACGGGUAUCAAGAACACACUCAAGAGCAACUUCCGCUCGCUCCAGGUCAGCCGCAUCCCUGGCACAGGGGAGCUGGUGCCCCCGAGCACCAUGGCCAUGACCGUGGUCACCAAGGAGAAAAAUAAGAAAGUGAUGUUCCUGAGCAAGAAACCAAAAGAGAAGGACCUGGAGCCCAAAAGCCAAGUCAUUGAAGGGAUCACACGCCUCAUCUGCACAGCCAAGCACCAGAACACCAUGUUGCGAGUCUCCAUAGAUGGGGUGGAAUGGAACGAUGUGAAGUUUUUCCAGCUGGCGGCACAGUGGCCAACGCACGUCAAGUACCUCCCUGUGGGCAUCUUUGGCUACUCAAAGAGCGUGUGAGAUGCUGGGGGGGAAAUUUGGGGGGGGUAGCCCUGGGCUGGAGCUGCGGAGGGUGGCAGGAGGAGACAGGGAGACCGAGCGACGGCGAUGCUCUUGUCCCCUCUCUUCUGCGGCCCUAACCCCCUGCCCACCACGCAGAGGGUGAUACCACACUCGCACCGCUCCCUGUGGGCCAAGACCCGUGAAGGUGAGGCCAGCGAGACCGGGUCCGUGCACCCUCCGACACCAGCCAGGGCACCGUGCCACCCGCCUCCUGUGACCCCCCCCUGCCCCCACAACAACAGCAGCCUGGGAGAAGGGUUGGCACCGGCCAGCAGGCACCCAAAAAGGGUUUCUGGACCCCGCUCUCCUCGGAUGCGCCCGACCAGCCGGGGCCCCAGCUGGGCUGGGCCCAGGCAGGGGUUCCCCAGAGCUUGGAGCCAGCAGGAUUGCUCGUGGUGGUGGUGGUGGUGUGGGGGGGCAAGUGUGGGGGGAGCAGGGCCCACCACCCCUCGCCAGCCCCACUGC